AUGCACUACUGGCUCCAGCAGCUGCAGCAGAAGCGAUGGGAGUUCAGUAACACACGAGGGUCCGGGCACAGAGACAGCUGGAGCUCUCCCAUCACCGCACACCCGCCCUCAGGCCUGGUGGCCAAAGACAAGGACAACGAUGCGUCGGUGUUUGAGAAGCUGGACGACAGUAUGGAGAAGGUUCGCAGUGACCUGGGCCUGGAGGCAGAGGGCACUGUGGGGUGGGACAGUCCCUCCUCCAGGGGCCUCAGCGGACCUCCAGCCAACCCCCUCAACUCACUCCGAAACCUGGGCACAGAACUGCGGAACACCAUGUCGUACCUGCGACCGGGACGAGCCGAGAGCAGGAGGAGUGUUUUCUACACGGCCUCCAGCAGCGGCGUGGACGAGUGGGAGCUGCUGGAGCCACCCUCCAGGGACUCGACCUCCAGGGACUCGACCUCCAGGGACUCGACCUCCAGGGACUCGACCUCCAGGGACUCGACCUCCAGGGACUCGACCAGAGACUUCACCAGAGAUUUAACCAAAGACUGCUCCAAAGACCUCUCCUCUGAGGGGAAACACAACGAGGCCCACAGACACUCGUUCGGAUCGGCUUUCACGUUCGACUUUGGCCGCAGCUCGGGUCGGAUCCGGAAGCCUCUGCUGACGGGGAGACUGUCUCGAGGCAGCGCCGACGUCACCGCGGCGGACUGUAACGGCGCUCGACCCGUGGAUCUGCGGCUCCAGAGUCUGCAGGACGAGCUGAGCCGAGUUCUGCAAGAGCAAGUUCAGCUCAGAGAGGAGCUGCUCACCUCCCAGGAGCUGGUGCGGCUUCUGCAGCAGACGCUGAGGACGUCUCAGUGUGAUGUCACAUCUUUACGUGGAGGAUCCCUGACCUCAGACACAAACAGCUGUGAGCAGACGCCCACAGUGACCCCAGAGACAGAGCGCCUCCUGCUGGACAGAGAGGCGCAGGUGCAGUCUCUGUGUGGACACAUGGAGCGCCUGGCUCUGGAGAAGGACAGUCUGCAGCAGGAGCUGAAGGGACUGAAGCUGAAAGUGGGAGAGAUGAACGAGCAGCUGGGGAUGAUGAUGGAGACCAUCCAGGCCAAGGACCAGGUCAUCAUGAAGCUGUCCCAGGAGCCGAGCUCUGAGGCGGGCCAGAGCGAGGCGGGGUCCCCCUCCUACAGCCGCGAGAGCGACGUCCGUGUUCUGCAGGACAGUCUGCAGGGAUACAAAACACAGAACAAGUUUCUGAACAAGGAGAUUCUGGAGCUGACCGUGUUACGGCAAAACGCUGAGAGCAGAGAGAAGACUCUGGAGGCAAAGUACACGGCGCUGGAGGCCCGGCUGUGUCAGGUGGAGAGUAAGUACCUGGUGCUGCUGCAGGAGGUGAAGACCCCGGUGUGCGGCUCCUCGGAGCAGAGAGCGGCUCCUGACGUCAUCUCCCGACUGUUGGAGGACGCUCUGCAGGGAGAGGGCCCCGAGAGCGACCAGCUGCAGCUCAAGCCUCACACUGUCAGUGAAUAUGACGUGUUCGGCUUUAAGACCGUCCCGGAGGAGGAGGAAGAGGAGGAGAAGCUGGUGGCGAAGGUGCGGGCGCUGGAGCUAAAGUCCCUCUCGAUGACGGACCAGGAGGUGUCCGUGGGGGUGAGGUGGGAGAACCAUCUGGCCGGCACCAUGAACCGAGCGCUGGUGCGAUCCCCGGAGCUCAAGGCCCUGGUUCGCUGCGGAGUGCCUCACGAACACCGGUCCCACCUGUGGCGCUGGUGCGUCUCUUUCCACGUCAAGAAACUGCGGGAACACAUCGCUCCGGAUUAUUACGAGACUUUGCUGAACGUGGCCAAAGAGAAACCAAACCCGGCGUCCAAACAGAUCGAGCUGGACCUGCUGCGUACUCUGCCCAACAACAAGCACUACGCCUCCCCCAGCGCCCCGGGCAUCCAGAAGCUGCGCAACGUCCUGACCGCCUUCUCCUGGAGGAACCCCGACAUCGGAUACUGCCAGGGACUCAACCGAUUGGCUGCCAUUGCUCUGCUCUAUCUGGACCAAGAGGACGCCUUCUGGACACUUAUCGCCAUCGUAGAAGUGUUCAUGCCCAGAGAUUACUACACCAAAACUCUGCUCGGUUCACAGGUGGACCAGCGCGUGUUCAAGGACCUGAUGAGUGAGAAGCUGCCGCGGCUUCACGCUCACUUCGAGCUGCACAAGGUGGACUUCUCCCUCAUCACCUUUAACUGGUUCCUGGUGGUUUUCGUGGACAGCGUGGUCAGCGACAUCCUCUUCAAGAUCUGGGACGCCUUUCUAUACGAGGGCCCAAAGAUCAUAUUCCGUUCGGCUCUAGCACUUUUCAAAUACAAAGAGGAGGAGUUUUUGAAGCUGCAGGAUUCCACCACCAUCUUUAAAUAUCUGCGGUAUUUCACCAGCACCAUUCUCGACUCAAGGAAGCUGAUGACGAUGGCGUUCGUGGACAUGAACCCUUUCCCCAUGAGGCAGAUCCAGAGCCGGCGCUCCUUCCACCUGGAGAGAGUGCGUCUGGAGCUGAGCGAGCUGGAGGCCAUCAGGCAGACGUUCGUGCAGGAGCGAGACAAGAGCCACGACGGCCGCACCUUCGUUAGCGAUGAUGACGACGAUAAUUAG